UUUUGCUCUUUAUCCCUGCAGAAAUCACCACCAAGCAUAAACCCUAACAAUCAAAAAAACAAGAAACUCAACUUCACUUCACUAAAACAUCACUCAAAAUCAUCAUAAUGGCGUCCCAAUUAUCAAUCCUCACACGAACCAAAUCUCUAUUCAAAGCCCUAAAUCACAACCGCCACGCAAUCAAAUCAAUCUCCACCUUCACUUUCCUCUCUCAAGAACCACAACUCGCCGCCGAUCCAACCACCGUCACUCCUCUCCCGCCCAACCCAGCCUCCGGCAGUCCACUCUACAAUGAAAACUGGCGUAACCCUAACCCGACCCUCAACACAGAUUCAUUAAUCCCAUUCGGGUUCCAGCAAACCCCAAUGGGUCGGUUCCAGACAAUGGCAGAGACGCUGGACUUAAAUUCCUUAUUAAAUACUUUUGCUGAUUGGAUGACGUCGCAGAAAUGGUCAGAUAUGAAGCAAUUGUUUGAGCUUUGGAUAAGAUCGCUUGAUAGAAAUGGGAAACCUAAUAAACCAGAUGUUAAUCUGUUUAAUCAUUAUUUAAGAGCUUAUUUAAUGACUGGUGCUACUGCUGCUGAUUUGCUUGAUUUGGUUGCGCAAAUGGAAGAGUUUAAUGUUUCGCCUAAUACUGCUUCCUUUAAUCUUGUUCUUAAAGCUAUGUAUCAAGCUAAAGAGACUGAAGCUGCUCAGAAGCUGCUUGAAAGGAUGGAGAUGAUUGGAAAUGAAGCUCGGCCGGAUGAUGAUUCUUAUGAUUUGGUUACGGGUAUGUUGUUUUCGACGGAUCAAUUUGAGGCAGCUUUGAAAUGUAUUGAUAAGACUUUAAAGAAUGGGAAUGAGUUGUCGAUGAAAGUGUUUGCCGAGUGUGUGAGGACUUGUGUUAAUAAGGGAAGAUUAGACACACUGGUAUCUAUUAUUGAAAAGUGCAAGACAAUGGAUCAGAACAAAGCACUAUGUCCAACUUGGAACAUGUGCUACUUUAUUGCAGAUGUUGCUGUGCAAGAGGAUAACAGCAAGUUAGCUUUUUAUGCUUUAGAAUUUAUGGCAAAAUGGAUUACACGGGGUGAGAAUGCAAGGCCUGCUGUUCUGCUUUCUGUUGAUGAAGGACUGGUUGUUUCAGCACUAGGAACUGCCGGCCGGACUUACAGCUCUAUGCUUUUGGAUGCAUCAUGGUCUAUCCUUCGGCACUCAUUACGUGAUAAGAAGGUUCCAAAUCCUGAAUCUUUUAUUGCUAAAAUAUAUGCUUUUGCAUCACUGGGAAAUCUACAGAGGGCUUUUAGUACUCUGCGUGAAUUUGAGUCUGCUUAUGAGAACUCUAACAAAGAAACACAAGAAGAAUUGUUCUCACCAUUUACUUCUCUAAAACCAUUGGUUGCCGCUUGUUCCAAGAAGGGAUUUGAGACUUUAGACUCGGUUUAUUUUCAACUGGAGAAUUUGAGCCAGGCGGAGAAACCAUACAAGUCUGUUGCUGCUCUUAAUUGUAUAAUUUUAGGCUGUGCAAAUAUAUGGGAUAUUGACCGUGCCUACCAAACUUUUGAGUCCAUCAGCUCUUCUUUUGAGUUGACUCCUAAUAUUCAUUCGUACAAUGCUCUGACGUAUGCUUUUGGAAGGCUUAGGAAGACAUUUGAAGCUGCAAGGGUCUUUGAGCACUUGGUAAGCAUGGGGAUCGAACCUAAUGCCACAUCAUACUCCUUGCUUGUUGAUGCUCAUCUCAUCAACCGAGAUGUGAAAGCUGCUCUUUCUGUGAUUGACGAGAUGGUGUCGGAAGGAUUUGUCCCCUCAAAAGAAACAUUAAAGAAGGUCAGAAGGCGCUGUGUUCGUGAGAUGGAUUAUGACAGUAAUGAUCGUGUGGAAUCCUUGGCUAAAAAGUUUGAAAUUCGAAUGGGAGCAGAGACUCGAAGAGACAUGUUAUUCAAUCUUCAGUACAACACUGAUUAUGCUUGAUAAAUUUCUUAGCAUUCUGCAUUACAGUCUCAGUUUGGGGAACUCGUAUAUCGCUGCGCUCCUCUCUUUUUACGAGAAACAAAAGCUGCCCAUUUUUGUAAAUUACAUGGCUGUACUCAGUUUUGGGUUUUUGCAGCAGAGCCUUAGGAUCAUAGCCUCCCAUAGCUAUAUUUUAUUGGAAUGAAAAUUAUUUGGACAAACUAUAGGGGCAGUGAAUUGCUGAUCCAAUCUAUUUUCUGAUGACGAAGAAAUAAUGUAGGAUAAUCUUUGAUUACUUAAUUAGGGUAGAAAUUUUCUGUUCGGUGGGACCACCAUUUGGCAAUUGCUUACAUAUACUGAUUCUUAACUUACCUCAUGUUGGAUUCUACGACAGAUAAAUUCUGUAAAUGUUGUAUUGAAAUGAGUUUCGGCUCAUGCUUCUCUUUUGAUAUCA